GGACUGGAGCAUUUGCAGGUCACCGGUGGCUUUGACUGAGAUGUGAAACGCUCAUUUGUUUUAAUCUAGAUUCCUCAAUUGUGAGGCUGGGAAAAACAUUUAUACCUAUUAAUAACUGGGAAAACUUGACUUUCACCCCAGUCUUUAGGAUUGUUUGCUGCCUAGACUGAAGAUGCCAACCAAUGGGAUCCACCAGGCCUUGAAGAUCCAGUUUGGCUUAAUCAACUCUGAUAAUCGCUAUUUAACAGCAGAGCACUUUGGCUACAAAAUCAAUGCUUCGGCACCGAGUCUGAAAAGGAAACAAAUAUGGAGCCUGGAACAGGAUGGAGACAGCUCGGUGGUCUUCUUAAAGAGCCACCUAGGUAGGUACCUGUCUGCCGACAAGGAUGGCAAGGUCUCCUGUGAAGCCGAGAAGCCAGAAACGGAUGGGUGUUUUAUCAUUGUCACUCAGUCAGACGGACGCUGGGCGCUCCAGUCAGAACGGUACAAGCGCUUCUUUGGUGGUUCUGAAGACAGGCUGUCUUGUUUCGCCCAAACCAUUACUGAAGCUGAACUCUGGGUGGUACAUUUGGCCAUCCACCCCCAAGCUAAUCUUUUGAGUGUUAGCAGGCGGAGAUAUGCUCACCUCAGUGCCCAAGAGGAUGAGAUCUCUAUAGACAGCAACAUCCCUUGGGGUGUGGAUUCGCUUAUCACCCUUACCUUCCAGAACAAGAAGUAUUGCCUACGAACCUGCGACAAUCGCUACCUGCGCAACGAUGGUACCUUGGUCCAGGAGCCUGACCGCCAUUCAGGUUAUACCCUGGAAUUCAAGGCAGGGAAGUUGGCCUUCAAGGAUUGUGAUGGGAAAUACCUAGCACCAAUGGGACCUACGGGCACUCUAAAAUCUGGCAGGAGCUCCAAGCCAGGCAAAGACGAACUCUUCGAUCUGGAAGAGAGUCAUCCGCAAGUGGUUUUCAUGGCUUCCAAUGGCAGAUACGUGUCCAUCCGUCAAGGUGUUAACGUCUCGGCCAAUCAGGAUGAAGAGACACACCAUGAGACCUUCCAGAUGCAAAUUGACAAAGAAACCAAGAAGUGCAUUUUCCAUUCCAACACAGGCAACUAUUGGACGUUGGUGGCACAUGGAGGGAUUCAAGCCAUGGCUACUGAAAUAUCCUCCAGCACUAUGUUUGAUCUUGAAUGGUGUGGUCGCCGUGUUGCCCUUAAAGCUAACAAUGGCAAAUACAUCUGCACCAAGAAGAAUGGGCAACUGGCAGCUGUCAGUGACAGAGUGGGGAAAGAUGAAGAAUUUGUUCUCAAGCUGAUCAACCGACCCAUCCUAGUUCUUCGCGGGGCUCAUGGCUUUGUUUGUUACCAUCGCAACUCCAACUUGUUGGAUGCCAACCGUUCCAUCUAUGAUGUCUUCCACCUCAAUUUCAGUGAUGGUGCUUACCAGAUCAAAGGCCUCAAUGACAGGUUCUGGUACGUGGCUAGCAAUGGCACCGUGUGCAGCGAUGGUGAGACAUCUGAGGACUUCUUCUUUGAAUUCCGCGAGUGCAGCCGGGUGGCCAUUAAAGGGAAGAAUGGCAAAUACUUACGAGGAGACCAAGCUGGAACCCUGCGGGCUGAUGCUGAUACCCUAAACUGUGCAACAUUCUGGGAGUACUGAGCCUGUACCACAGGGCUUGAGAUGCUCCAGGGCCCAGCGUGGUGCCCAAGCCUGAACACUAAAUAGCAUGUGAGGGGAAGGUGAGUUCUGGCACCUGGACUCAAGGGGCUUUACGCUUCCAUACCUUGCAAGGUAAAAGAUGGCCCAGGAUAGAGGAACCUCUUCACCUGGGGAAUUUUAUUUUAUUUUUUGGUCUUCCUUGCCUAUGUUUAGAAGUGACACACUAAUAAGGCUCCUAGAAGGUGGUUACUGUGCUGUGUCUGACUAAGUUGCAGAGGUUGUAUUUCCCUUCCAGUUUCCCUAGGGCAUCCUGUUUUUUUCCUUCCAGAGGUGUCAUACCUUACAAGACAUCUCAUAUAAGUAUGUCAAUGUUCCAGAAAACGUGGGUAUGCAAAACAGAGGAGACACGACAGUUUCAGGAUUCAUUGCAAAUAUGGAAAGUCAGUUCCUUCUCGUUGGAAAUGCAAUAACUGGAGGUUAGGGGUGUUCCUAAUUAAUAAUUAAUUCCCAACAUAAUAAAGCCUUAUGUAGUUAUCUGGCCCUUACAAUCUGUUCUUUUAAAGCUG